GUGCAUUGACGCAGCUGCCAGCGGAGAUUGAGAGCGUCUAGCGGUCGCAGUGAGGAUCUGAUACCGCGCGCGUACACAGAAACGGAGCCAGUGAGCGACGCCAGGAAAAAAUCUAAAUCUGUUUCCUUGCCGACCACUGUGAUCGUCGGCGGGCUCAUGGAGAGCGGCUCCCUGCUAAUCCGCACCGGGGGCACGUUGAUCGGAUGCCUUUCACCACAGCAGCGCCGUUAGAUGUUUUCCAUUAAGGAUUAAUUGGCUGACCAAUGGCUCCCAAACAUGCACUCUCCUCCAGCGGCGGCAGCAGUGGCCCCGAGGUCGGGGGGUUAAACAGCAAAGCAGAGCCCUGCUGCUUCUCUCCGACGGCAUGGAUCACGGACGGGGAGACGGUGGGCGCCUGCUUUCCGAGGAACAGGACGACGACACGGACGCAGAGCAGGAUGCUGGACCGGUGCUUUGUUACCGUCACGGCGCUGCUGAUGCUGUUGACACCGAGCUCCUUGGCCAUUUCAGCUGAACGAGGUCAUCGUGAAUCAGUGCGACCGCCUGUCUCGCCUCUUGAGCCCGCUGUGAUCUCCAACCUUUCAGCCACUCCUGGAAUAGGGGAGGACAGAGCUGAGGCAGUGGAUGUGACUGAUGCUGGUCCUCUAGCUUGGACUGAUGGGAAAGUGUUUGCUGGCUCCAGAACAGCAGUUUGGACUGAAGCGGAAGCCGGAGUGCAGACUGGAGCACACGGCAAGGUGUUUGCCGAAGCUGGGAUUAUGACCGGAACCAGUGCUUGGGCGGAGGUUGGGGCUGAAUGGAGGCCUCUAGAAAGGCGAGGGGGUGACCUGCCAAUCGUGCCCAGGGAACCGGGAGCUUGGCUGGGUCGGGAGAAGCUGCAGACACGAGCAGAGGGCAAACGAGACCAGGCAGCCUUCUCAUCAGUGCUCAGCAUGCUGGCAGAGACAGCAGACCUGCAGGGAGCAGAGCUGGGAAAACCUCUAGGGCUGCUCUCUAAAGCUGCUUGGACCAAAAGCUCCUCUUCAUUGUCAUCCAAGGCCUCCUCUUCUUCCUCCUCUACGAUUAAGGCAUCCUCUCUGCCUUUCUCCUCCCUUACAACAAAAGCAUCGUCAUUGCUUUCCUCCUCCUCUCUAGCCAGUAAUAAAGAUAGUCAGACACCAGGAUCAGAUGUCUCACCGACUGCCAUCAACAGCAGCUCCUCCAACAGCAACAGUAACUCCAGUCUGGAGGACUCCAUGAGCAGCCUCCCAGCCUGGGACCUCCCCACUGUCCCCGAGUCGCUGCUGUCUACGGUUGGCGACUAUGACAUCACGCUGCCUGCCAACGUCACCAGCCCUUUCUCCACCCACCAGUGGAACACCACCAUGCCUGUGCGCACCAGAACCACCUCACGGAACACGACCGCGUCAGUGACGAUCGUGAACACCUCAAACGCGUCACCCACCACAUCAACUUUACUGUUGUCCACUGCAGCGAGAGCACGAACGCCGCCCGGAUCAACUAUGGGCUCACUGACCACGAGCCAGGACACUGUGACCAACGACAGCUUCCAGCUGACAUCGGUAGCCAUGACAACGCCCUCAGCGACCACGGCUAUUGUGAUUGCAGGUGCAGAAGUGACGAUGCAGGCGCUGAUCACUGGGCGUGCGGUGACAUCACCCCUAAAUACCACCGCUGCUACAGGCGUGCAUCAAAUUACGAGCCUCCAGCCGACCAUAGAGAUUGGGACUCCACCUGUGAUCACCACUACAACCACACCUGCCCCUACCUCCACCACCACCACCUCCACCACCACCACCACUACUACCACUACCCCUGCACCCACUACUAUCACUACACCUGUAACCACUACUGCUGCCACCACUACUACUACAACCACACCCACAACGACCAAGGUAGCAGACACCACUGUGUUCAUUCCAGUCCAUACUACUCCACCUCCUACUACGACUACAGAGUCUCCAUCUAGCACUACAACAGAGGAAAUACCUCUACUAUGCAACGUAACUGAGAAGUACUGGGUCAGAACAGUUUUGUCCAUCGAGCUGCGUAGGAACCACAUGGACCUGAUCCUCAAACAGAAUCUCUUUAAAGGGCUGAGCCAUGCCCUGCAGAGAGCCUUGAAUGACUCCAGUGCCUCGGCACAGGUGGAACGUGACGACUGCACCCCCCACAACGUGACGCUGGGCUACUAUGUGACCAGCGGCAAAAGCGUCUACAUCUCCUCCUUGGUGGUCGAGGCACUCAAUCUUUAUGGCUUUGACAAGCUGCUGUCGGACAUCAGGCAGCACACCCCAUUGGUCAGAGCAGUGCUGGUUCCCGUGGCAACCUGGGUGCCCACUCCAAGCAUUCACCUGCAGCUGAAAACAGUGCUGAGGUUCGUUGGCCCGACAGACAACAUCUACUCCUGCAGCUUUGUUCAGAUGUUGGAGCAGAGGCUGGAAAAUGCUUUUGACGAGGCCCAGGACAAAGUGCUAGAGACCUACAACAGGCUCACUGUGGAGAUCCAGAGCGUUUCCCAGGAGCGGGGCUCUCCAGCCGUCACCCUGGUGUACGUGGUGAAGAAUCAGGGUGUGAUGCUGAAUGGGACAGUGUCCAGCGGCCUGCUCAGCCAGCUGACUGCUGAGCUGGUGGGCUACUUCCUGUUCUACCCACCCUUGGUCAUAGUUGAGCCACUUGAGUACCACAAUCUCAACACAUCGAAGGCGACAAAGAACUAUUGGGUGAUAACGGUGAUCCAGGAUGUGGACAGCUCCUCUCUGGAGACCAACUACCAGAGCUUUGCCAGUCUAAUGGAGCAACGACUGGCUGAGCUCUUCCUGGUGGCCGGAAGGCAGGGCCCUCGGACAGCUCGGUCCCGGCGGGCAACCACAGUGGGGAUGUACACUGUACAGAUGGUGAGCAUUCGCCGACUGUCCGGUCCUAAGAACACAGCAGAAAUGACCUACUAUGCCCAGCUCAAUGGGGAACCCAUGAGUGGAACCACUGCUGCCAAGACCCUCAGCAGUCUGGACUCCCAGACCAUGGCUCUGACACUAGGAUACUUUGUACAAGUGCAGGCUGAACCUGUUGUGAAGACGCCUCCCACCAACCUGUGGAUCAUGGCUGUUCUAACGCCUGUCUUUCUGUUGGUGGUGGUGAUCGGCAUGGUGGCCUUCAUUGUUUGUAAGAGAAACAGGGUCAUCUUCAAAACGGGGGCCUUCAGAAACUUCAAGACCCGCUCCAAGACCUCAUAUCGAAGGGAGGGCAGUUACCACCACCAGCCUGUCCAAGGCUUUGAUUACGCCAAAAAGCACAUGGGUCGGACCGAUGAAGCCAUCUCUGUCACUAAAGAGACGCUAGUGUUGGGUUUGCCCGUACGAGAUGCUCCGCAGUCCCUGUCUUUGGAUAAGAAGGCCCACCAGGACGGGACCAACAAUAAGAGGCCUCCAUCUGCCGACAUACACAAAGGAGGGCGGUUGCCAAGUGAGGAGGAGGGCUCAGUGUCAAGUAAAGGCUCCGGGAAGCUAAACACCAGCAAGAGUUCCUCAGCCCGAAGGACGGCCACGGGCAGCAGCAGCAAGAACGGCAAGGAGGAGCUGCACAAGAGGAGCACCAACGACCCGUAUGAAGAUCAUUCGGGCUCACUGCGUCUCAUCACCAUUAAGCCCAUGACGGCCCAGCCAACGUACUCCUACCCCUCCUCCUCUUCCCACAGCCAAGACUCUGUGGUCGUCAAUGGGGAGGCAAACCAUGUUGGGUUAAAGCAAAAAUCCGACAUUGAGCAAUACAGGAACAAACUGCGUCAGAAGGCCCGGAGGAAGGGCUACGGAGAGUUUUCACUGUCUGAGAGCGGCAGCCAUGGUUACAGUCAUCGCGAAACCAGGCACAGUCGGAACAACAACGGAGGCAAGGAACCAAUGACUGCAGAGGAGAAGAGGGCCUCGUUUGCAGGAUGUCAUAAGAGGUACUCCCACCCACGGGAGCCCACCUACUGGAGCAGACAGUCUCUAAGCAGCCCAAGCCCAGUGGAGACGGAGAUGGACCUGCUGGUGUUAAGAGAAAGAUCAAGAAGGGGCAUCCGCAACAAUGGAUACGAUGGAGAGCCGGAACCAUUUGAGGAGACCAAUGUUGACCGUCUGAUGAGCUCUCUGGGUUUUGGGGGCGGAUCCACUGGCACCGGGAACAGCAGCUUGGGGGUGAAAGCUCACUGUGGCUCCGACUCCUCCACACUCAGCUCUCAGCCGUCCAUUGACGAGGUCCGCACGCAGAUGCACAUGUUGCUAGGCAACGCCUUCAGCUUGGCUCCUCCGGACCAUGACCCACCUUCCCCUCCAACUAACAGCCGCCGCCAUCACUACCACCAUGCCCACAGUGCAUACAAUCCGUCCCACACCAGCCACUACAGUGAUGGGGUAACCAGUGCCCCAGGAACCAUGAACCAUCCAUGUGGAGGCAGGCAGAGAAGUACAGGAUACGACGACAUGCAUCAGUGUAGCCUGCCCAAACCAGGUUUCCGGUUCACUCAGCUUCCUGAUAUGGGCAUUGGUUCUCCCCCGCCCCUGAUUCCCUCAAGACCAGGACCACCACCUGGAACCUCUAUAAGACGCUCCACUCCUGAUGUUAGUCUGAAGCCUCGCGUGCCAGAGGUCUCAGACCUGCAGGUCCAACAGCACAGUGGCGCCCCCUAUCUGCCAUUGUCCAGGACCCCUUUUCCAGCUGUUACUGUUGAUCAGUCCAUCAGCACCUACUCAGGAAACCCAAUAACAGCAGUCUACGCUAUAUCAGCGAACCGCCCGGGUUACUCAGACUACUUUGUGAUGUCGCCGCCAUCAUCGUACCGAAGCCCAUCCUGGAUGUCUUAUCCUCCUGAGCCAGAAGACUUGCCGAGGCAAUGGAACGACACGCCGAACUCGCGUCACCUUGAAACCAUCUGCUGAAUUCAUCUGCCUGUGACACUGAGUGAAACUGCCAAAUGCUUGGAACAUCCUUUGAUGAGCAGAGGGCCUCCUUACAAACCAAUCACUAAAACCUCUCUGGAGCUUUAACGCCACUUCUUCACCUCGUCCUGGUCAUUCUCCUGCCUUACCAUUACCUUUGGACCACUUCUUCCCUCCACACUGCCUGCAGCAGCUGCUGUCCUUCAUCUGCCCCCUUCUUUCCAUCUAAGCUUUGAGUCAUCCCCCUGUAUUCUAAAAGCCCCGCUCAUCUGUUCAAACCAUUAUACAGUAAGUCCCUUUAUCAAAGCAUAGCGUUAGCCAUAAUUCUCUUUCUUAUAUCCUGCUCCCUGAGCCCCCAGACUCUCACUGGCACUAUGUGGACUGCCUCUUCUGUUUUAACCACCACUCUACAGCCAGAGGCUCCUCACACUGCUGAACGGAACUAAGGGGAACAAAGCUGAGCUGAGUUAAGAUGUACUGAGCUUCCCUGCCUGGAAUCACAUACAGUACAUGUGGUGUGGAUGAACAGGGUGACUACAGUACAAUUCUUUCCCCAGCAGUUAUCAAAAAGAAACUGCCAUCUAUCCAGAACAUGAUGGCACCCAGCAAAACAUUCAGAGUACAGCAGUGCCCCAGCCAUGGCCAAUAUCUGCUCCUCCUGGACUGGGCUGGACUGGACUAGACCAUCCUGGACUCGCCCCUAAGGUCCAUCAUGAAGCCAGGAAAGCUGGACUGACUUAAAACUGUGCUUUUUAUUUCGAUCAAUCCAAAUUCCUACAGUGUGUAAACCAUCUAGGACUUGGUAAUAUUUGUGUUUUUAACUUAAUUGAGGAAAAUUUAUGAAAAAAGGAAAAAAAAUCUCGUCUUGAACUGUCUCAAUUUUAGUUUUUGGAUAUUUGUGUGCUUCUGUCUUUUUUUGUGCAUUGAUUAUUAUCAAUGGAUUACUGUACAAAAAGAUGUAGUGAGUGUUUUGCGUUUACUCAUCUUAAUUUAAGGCAAAAAAAACAUUACAACCUUUGACGCAGAGAAAACGGCGGCUUAGAUGUCUGUGGCUGUGAUGGCAUUUCUGUAUUUAAAAAAUAAUUUCUUCCUUUAUCAUUUUCCUUCAUCAAUUUCAGCAAUGGAAAAGAUUUAGUCUUUAUUAUCUGUCGACUCUCUGAGUACAAUGUUUCUGUCCAUUGACCAUAGACAGACCUGAGUCAAGUGUUCAUAAUGAAUCCUUAAUGACGAGUUCUGUGGUUUGUGGUUUACUUCUACGUCUUUGUUCUUCUACUCAUCACAAAGCCACAUUCCAAUCUGUACAUUCAUCAUGAAAUUAAUUUGGUUAAGAUAGAGUUAAGUUCUGAUUUGACUCAGGUCUGUUCCGAUUAUGUAAACACGCCAGUAUUUUUAGGAAAAAAAACCAGUUGUUUUACCUUAAGAUGUUUACUGUAUAAGAACCAAUGACUUUUGUUUAUUUUAUUGUUGAUGAAGUUGGAAUCAGUACUUGAUCAAAGGACUAUGAUAUAGUACUGUUCAAGAGACUUGCUGGACUUGCAUAAGUAACAGUUAAUAGUAUUACUGUAUAUAUCAGAUGAUUUAUUAAGAGAGAUUUAUGCAAAUAGUCUUGAAGGAAAAAAUUGCUUGAUGUUGUUCUGAUGCCAUUUUCUUUUCUUUUGGUUUUGUUGCAUUUCCAAUGGACUGUUUUGACACUUUGAAAUUCUCUCUAUCAUCUUAUUUCAUAGUCCUGCUAACAUACUGAGGAGCAUUAAACAGAAGUGAGAGAGGGGCAGGAUCGACAACCAGGAAGGCAUUAAUUGUCCAUUAUAUCUAAUCCUGCAUUUCCAUUCAUAAAGUUAAAACUAAUCUUAAACUGUGUAGCCAUAGUAGUCGAAAGGAUUUCAAGUUUUAGUACAAAGAAUGUCAAAGUUGGAAUUAUAUUUACCCUCAUGUCUUUCUGAGGAGAACUAAAAAUCUGUGUGCACACCGUACAUUGGACUCCUCAUCAUUUAGGUGAUACUAAAGGAGUUUAUAGCCAUAUGAAUAAUUUCACCAAGUGGACAUAAAACAGAUAUACUGUACAGUGCAAAUGAUGCCAAAUGAAAGAUAGUGGAGAGGAGAAUAGAGAAACAAGUGUAGAAGUGUAAAGAUGAAUGAAAAAUACAUAUACAGUAGUUUAACAUGACAUGAGCACUUUUAUAUUCAGACACCAAAUCAUGAAACAGAACCGAUUUAAUAAAAAAAAUGCUCUUUUAGAGCAUGAGACACAAAUUUAAAGACUAAAGUCACAAUCAGAGUUAAAAGAAUGUUAAAAUAUUGUAUUUUAGCAAAAUGCAAAACACUUAAAGCAGGGGCCAAGGACCUGUUCAUUGUAUCGUGUAAGCAAAUUCAAGGUCUGUCAAAUGAAACCUGCAUUUAGAAAACAGCAGAGAUAACAAGUUGUCUUCCUUUACUUGGAACAUUUGCUGAUAAAUUGUUCCUUGUCUGAAUCGACACCUGCAUAUGUUGAGUUUGAUGUGGAUACUGGAGAAAAGAUUCUGGUGGUGUGGUGUUACAGAACCACAGAAUUAUAGCAGCAUGAAUGCACACGGUGCUAUUGGUGUUUAGCAUUUUCAUUGCUGGAACAGCAACCAUGAUACUGUAUUUUAAAUCACACUCUGUGUAUAGUCCCAUUUAUGGUUGAAUAAAGAACCACUCCUAUUUAUUAUAUUUUUUGUCACUCCAUAUUAAGAAAGCAUGGUGGGCUUUUGACUCCAGUCGAUAAAAGGAGACAAGGACUUAAUUCUAUGCUAUAACUUGAUGUGCAAUGUUUGUGCUUUACACGGGUAGUGGCAAGAUGCUUUUAAUGAUGAUGGACUCUGAGAGUUACUGGCUGUCAGUUGUUUUUCUUUCUGCUGUUUGAACCAUGUCGUGAUGCCGGGACAUCAAGGUGGCUCUGAUGAUGUCAUACUAUCAGAACGUGGAUGUUGAUGAGAUCACACUGACUACAACCUUGAACGCUGUUGGAUGCAGAGAAACUUGGUAAAUUAAAACAAUAAAGACAAACAAAAUUUUUGACAA